GCCCCGCUGCGCUUCACAGAAGGGCACGGACACCACGGCUCGGCCAGGGUCGCUGUCGCCUAAAUUCUGGACACAUCCCUUGAAUCCACUUUUUCUGAGCCCCGGCUCAGUGGCCUUCGCACCGCCUCACGCCCCGCGGGGGCCUGGAGUGAGACUGAAGCGAGGACGCCUUUCGGUCUUGCGGGGCGCAGAGGUCGCCUCUCCUGCCCGCUUGUUCCUGAGCAGGGCGCCAAAUCCAAACCCUCUUCCCACGUUGCUGCAGAUGACUCUUAACGGCUUUUAGUAGCACCGUAUUUAUCUGAUGAAUGAAGCGUAAUGAAUCACAUCAGUGACUUUUUUAGGUGCAGUCAUGCAGGAAAACCUCAGAUUUGCUUCAUCGGGAGAUGAUAUUAAAAUAUGGGACGCUUCAUCCAUGACAUUGGUGGAUAAAUUCAACCCACACACAUCACCACAUGGAAUCAGCUCAGUAUGUUGGAGCAGCAAUAAUAACUUUCUAGUGACAGCAUCUUCCAGUGGUGACAAAAUUGUUGUUUCAAGUUGCAAAUGUAAACCUGUUCCACUUUUAGAGCUUGGUGAAGGGCAAAAGCAGACAUGUGUCAGUUUAAAUUCCACAUCUAUGUAUUUGGUAAGCGGAGGCCUGAAUAACACUGUCAAUAUUUGGGAUUUGAAAUCCAAAAGAGUUCACCGAUCUCUUAAGGAUCACAAAGAUGAAGUAACGUGUGUAACAUAUAAUUGGAAUGAUUGCUAUAUUGCUUCUGGAUCUCUCAGUGGUGAAAUUAUUUUGCACAGUAUAACCACUAAUUUUUCUUCUACUCCGUUUGGCCAUGGUAGUAACCAGCCUGUUCGGCACUUGAAGUACUCCUUAUUUAAGAAGUCGCUACUGGGCAGUGUUUCGGAUAACGGAGUAGUAACUCUCUGGGACGUGAACAGUCAGAGUCCCUACCAUAACUUCGACAGUACUCAUAAAGCUCCAGCUUCAGGCAUCUGCUUUUCUCCUGUCAAUGAGCUGUUGUUUGUAACCAUUGGCUUGGAUAAAAGAAUCAUUCUCUAUGACACAUCCAGUAAGAAGCUAGUGAAAACUUUAGUAGCUGACGCUCCUCUAACUGCAGUAGAUUUCAUGCCCGAUGGAGCCACUUUGGCUAUCGGAUCCUCCCGUGGGAAAAUAUAUCAAUAUGAUUUAAGGAUGUUGAAAUCACCAGUUAAAACCAUCAGUGCUCACAAGACAUCUGUGCAGUGUAUAGUAUUUCAGUACUCCACUGCUCUUUCUAAGUCAGGUUUAAAUAAAGACUCUUCAAAUAAGGCCUCAGCUGUGAAUAAACGAACUGUUACUGGGAGUGCUGCUAGUGGAGGAGCUCAGAAUUCUGGAAUAGUCAGAGAAGCCACAUCCACGGUUCUACCACAGCCCAUGACAACAGCCGUGGGGAAAGGCACAGUUGCUGCUCCAGACAAAGCAGGUUUGUCUCGAAGCAUCAACACAGAUAUUUUAUCUAAGGAAACAGACAGUGGAAAAAAUCAGGAUUUCUCCAGUCUUGAUGAUACGAGAACAAGUAGUUUAGGUGACAUGUUCUCACCUAUCAGAGACGAUGUUGUGGUUAACAAGGGAGGUGAUGAGUCCGUAGGCAAAGGAGAUGGCCUUGACUUUUUAACACAACUGAACUCAGUGUUUCCUCCAAGAAAAAACCCAGGAGCUUCUGGCACUUCAGUAUUGCAUUCUAGUCCUUUUAAUGUCUUUAUGGGAUCUCCAGGGAAGGAAGAAAAUGAACAUCCUGAUUUGACAGCUGAACCUAAGAAAACGUAUCUGGGAAAACAGGAACCUAAAGACUCCUUAAAACAGUUUGCAAAGUUGAUCUCCGGUGCCGAAACUGGAAAUCUAAAUACCUCUCCAUCAUCUAACCAAACAAGAAGUCCUGAGAAAUUUGAAAAGCCAGAAAAAGAAAAUGAAGCUCAGUCACUAUGUGAACCCACAGUCAAUGGAUCCUCAACUCCCAAUCCAAAGUUAGCAUCCUCUGUCACUGCUGGAGUUGCUAGUUCACUAUCGGAAAAAAUAGCUGAUACUAUUGGAAAUAAUCGGCCAAAUGCACCAUUGACAUCCAUUCAAAUCCGUUUUAUUCAGAACAUGAUACAGGAAACAUUGGAUGACUUCAGAGAAGCAUGCCAUAGGGAUAUUGUGAAUUUGCAAGUGGAGAUGAUUAAACAGUUUCACAUGCAGCUGAAUGAAAUGCACGCUUUAUUGGAAAGAUACUCAGUGAAUGAAGGUUUAGUGGCUGAAAUUGAAAGACUGCGAGAAGAAAACAAAAGACUACGGGCCCACUUUUGAAAUUACAGUGAAUACCUUAAUGUUUUGUAAUUUGGGAAGUUUCUGGCAACACAAAACUACAUGGAAUCAGUAUUGUUUUCAUGGCCUCUGGGAAAAUUUUUUCAAGUAAAUGGGUGAUGAGAUUUUACACCAACCAUUAUUUCAUUUUCUCUGUCAAAAAUAUUUAUAUUUUUAUAUUAAAAGCUGUACAACAUAUCAUCUGCCUAAUAAAUAGGUCAAUAGGAUCUUUAUUUUUCUGAAAGCUUUAGCUAGACACUAAGUGCCCUUUUUCAUAAGAAAAUUUUGCAAAAAAGAAAAGGUUUUAGAUGUUUUAAAAUCACCUUUUUAACACAUCUAUUUUUGAUUGACACUUGCCUUCCAAAUAUUUGUGGAUAUUUGAGAAUUAAAGAGUUUGAUAUGCAUUCUAUUUUUAUGGAGAAAGUAAUUUUAAAAUCGCAAUUGGUGUUUCUAAGCAAUUGACUAAUAAAACACAAGGUUGGCUAGUAAUUAUUUUGUUAACUUGAUGAGGUCAAGGAUAACUAUUAUUUAUUACUUGUACAUUUGAUAAGACAAUUUUUGGAAUCUUGAAUUGCACAGAUUAUCUUAUAAUUUGUCUAUUGCAUUUAUAUUACUGGAUUGUACUUUUGACAGAUCUCUACUCUGGGUUGAUAGUUUUUUUUAGCUACUUCACUUUACCUAUGAAAAUAUUGAAGGAUCUGAAAGAUUUGACGAGAGCUGCAUAUCUGCAAAUUUUCUCAUGAGUUAAUAACAAGCAAAAUUAUACUAUAAAGUUUUAACCAACAUGAUUCAAUUUAUAAUCAGUGAACAUUUCAUAUUAGGUACUAAAUGGUACUGUAUUCUUGCCAUUUUUCCCCCUCCCAAAUGAGAAGUGUGGAUUUUUUUGUGGUUUAUAUCAUUAACUUUCUCUAAUUCUUUGUGUGCUGUGUUUAAUAUUUUUAUAUUAUUGACCUUACCAUAAGAUUUAUAAAGGGUAAUUGUCAAAAGAAUUUAUAACUCUGACAAUAGAUGGAUGUGUGCAUCUACCUGCUGCGAUCUGGAAUUUUAGUCGUAUAAGAUUAGGCAGGUUAUUGGCUUGUUUACCUUCUUAUAGUCUCUUGUCCCAAAGAUUUAAACUUAUAUAUAGUACUCCUGCCCAAUUUUGAAUUCUGAGAUAAAAUACUAAAAUAAAAAAGAAAUUGAGCUUACUAACUAUAUGGUUUUCCAAAACAAUAGAAAUUUUUAAGGAUAUUUUUAAUAAGUGUAAACAUACAAAUAACUACUUCAAGGAAUAAAAACAAAUACUAAUUUUUCCUAGUGUGGCUCAGAGAAUACAUUUGUAUUGAAGCAUAAAGUGGUCCUACUGUGAUCUUCUUGGCAGAUUAUGAAAGCAUUAUGACUUGUAACAAGUUUCCUUAUAUACCAUUAUCAAGCAGUUUUCGAGAACAUAAAAGUGUGUUUUGCCUACAUGCCUUAUUUAAAUUCUUUAAUACUUUCCAGUUGCCUUUUUCUGUUCAUGUACUUGAUGUAUAUUAAAAGAGGAGGGAUAAAUAAAACAGUUUUAGUAACUUUA